AAAAAUCAAACAAGAGAAAGCAAUCAAUCGGAUAUAAAACUGAAAUUUGAUCUGUCGUGCUCACCAUUCGCUUUUAUUGUCUUUAAGUUAAAACAUCUAUGCAGAAAAUAAACAUGACGAUGAAGACCAUUGUUUUAUGCGCUUUGCUGGUAUUGGCUAUAAGUACAUCAGUAAAAUGUAAAACAUCUCAUACAGAAAAAAAAGCAUCUAGAAGAAGUAUAGGCGAAUACCACGAACAUUAUGACCACGAGCAUCUUGCCCAUUAUGCACCAUAUCACAGCCAUUACCCUUUAUACCACAGUCACUAUGCUCCUUAUCAUACACAUAGUUUUUAUAAUCACCAUCAUCACCAACCGAUUGUGUAUCAAUCACUUGUGCAAGCUGUUCCAACAGCCACCACAGUAGUUCACAAGCCGGUUCCUGUACCAGUACCUCAUCCUGUACCCGUUCCUGUUGCUCGACCUGUACCUGUGGAGGUUCCACGUCCAUACCCCGUUGAAGUUCCUAGACCAUAUCCAGUAGCUGUUAAUCGACCAUUCCCCGUGCACGUCAUCAAACCUGUGCCGGUUCCCGUUGCCCAACCAUAUCCAGUCACCGUUUACAAACCUUACCCAGUACCAGUGUACCGACCACUUCCUGUUGCCGUGGCAAAGCCCGCUGUAGCUGUACAAUACGCUGCUAGACUCCCUGUCCGCCUUCCAUUGAGAUACAACCCUCAGCCAAGUUACAGUUAUCACGGUCAUGCUGCUGCCUAUGCUCAUCAUCAUGCUUAUACUCCUUAUUAUACUUCAGCUGCAACAUACGCUCCAAAUUCUGCUUAUUCUCAAGCACCAGCACAUGCUCAAACUCCAAAUUAUGCUGCAACUGAACCUUACAUCGCUCAAACAGCCCAUGUCAAUCAACUAACUCGUGGAGUUCAAAACGAAUAUGAAGUAAAUGAACAGACUAACGAAGAAGAUUACUCGGCGUUCCAAGAAUCGCAAGAAGCUAAUCUUGGACUUGAGCAACUUCGCGGCAAUGUGGAACAAGAUAUUGAUACUAGAUACCCUCCAUUAACCAACGGACAGGAUGUUAGUUUGGCCGUUCCAAAUACCGACUACGCUAAUACAAAAAAGAAAUGAACUUUUUCGAAUAAAAUACAUAUCUAAUAUAAAUGAAUAGCCAAAGGAGGAUUUUAUAAAGACUGCGUUGUUUGCACUUGUUAUAUUAAACACGGUAAAAUUGUAUCGUGCUCUUGUUUGUUAAAAUAUAAAUUAGUAAUUAAUAUUGUA